UUUUUCCUUAUUUUCUUGUUUUGAUUCAACUUUGCUAUUAUAAUGAGAAAUAAAUUUUGUUUUGUGUUUUGAUUAUGUGAGACGUUUGAGUCUAUGAGGGAGAAAGAAUUGUUUUUUAUUGAGUUGUUUGAUUUUUUAAAGGAGAAAAAAUCAUUUGGAGUUGCUGCAGUGCUCUCCAAGUCAAGAGAGUGUGAGUUGUGACCCACUCUCUCUUAUAAAUUUAUACUAUCUGAUUUUUUCUCCCUCACGUUCGAAUCCUAUGCUUCUAGGUUCCUAAUGUUUUAAGCCUGUAGUGUGGAAGAACUUCUUUAUAUGAGCUAAUUUAGACAAGCUGUUGGAUUUCUGGUAUUAACAAUAAUUGUUAUUAUUGCAUCUCAAUGGUGGGGUUGGGCGCACACUUGUGUAUUUGUUCUUAUUGUCAUCAUUGCACACCUAUGUUUUGAUCUCUCAUACUCACGAUCAUGCAUAUUUCCUUUUGGUCAGUCAUGGCUAAAACUUCAACAUCCAAGCGAAAGCAAAGUUCAGAGGCCAAGACUGCUUUCUGCCGAAGGUCCAAGAGAAUAAAAGAGUCUGAUACGGUUCUCAAACGAUGUCGGCCGUUGAUGGAGCGGGAGGUGAAAUUCUCCUCAAUUGGUGACGACUCUUUGAAGUUGUUUGAUAGAGAGGGUUGGGGAAUCAUGUAUAAUGAUUUCCCUACCCCUAAGAUGCGUUGGGUCAAGGAAUUUUAUGAAAACCUCAACAAUAAAAAUGAACAUUCAGUCGAGACCAUUGUGGAAGGUGUCAUGAUUCAUCUUACUCCUGCUAUCAUUGCUGAGACCCUUAAUCUUCCACUUCUUAGUGAUAGUGAUGUCUCUAGUAGAGAGUCGUACAUAACUAGAAAUGAUGAUAAUCGUGAUGAAGUCAUGCGAUUCUUUACCCGUGAGCAAUCAUGUCAAUGGCCAAAAAAAGCCACUACUUUUAAAGCCAGUAAAUUUGUGAAUCCUAUUCAUAGGUUAGGUAUGAACAUCAUGAACACUAACUUGUUCCCAACUGCCAACCGGGGAGAAGUUACCUUAGGUCGGAUGCUUUUUCUUUAUGAUAUGUUUAACAACCGACGUAUUGAUCUUCCACAUCACCUCUUUCAUGUGAUGUGCCAUGUUAAAAUGGGUGAACGUAUUGUUUGCCCUUUUCCAUCCUUAGUUACCAAGCUGUUGUCGCAUAAGGAUUUUAAUGUUCCUGAGCCUAAAUAUUUCAAGGCCCCUAAACGUCGAAGACCCUUCAGUAGAUCUUCUUUGGAUUAUAGUUUAAGCCAUCUUCAUCGGCCUGCACCUGAUCUGGAGCGUCCUGCAUCUCCCAAUCCUAUUGAUCCUUUAACUGAGAAUGAUGCUACGACUACUCCUCAGUCGCCUCCUGCAGAACCGUUUCAGUCCUUGCGUGCAUUUCAAGAUGAGAUAACAAGAUCCAUGCAUGCUUUUUUUGAUGAGAUACGUCAGGAUAUAGACAGACGCCUGUGUGAUUUUGAGGAACGGAUGACUUCGCAGCCAGAAAAAUGUCCUUGCUGCGCUGAGAAAGAUCUUGGUGCUGAGGAUGAAGAGGAGGGCGCUGACCGGGCCACUGUUGAUGCUUUUAGGGAUGAGAUGCCUCAGCAUUUUAAUUCCAUGGAAACUGGAACUGAUGACCCUACCACUGAUGAUGCAGUGACUGCUUCCAGACACAAUUUAUUGGACAAUGUGGGGGACCCUCCGUGUUCUUGUUCUUAUGAGAAAAAGCUUCUUAUCCUUGAUGUGAAUGGAUUGCUUCUUGCUUUACGUCCUACAGACAUGAGAAAGACCUUUGAAACAGCUAUUUGGAGGCCUUCUGUUAAUGAGUUUCUACGUUUUUGUUUUGAGAAAUUUGAUGUGGCUCUAUGGUCUUCAAGAAGUCGGGAAAACUUGGACAAGCUGAUUGAGCCUCCCAAACUGACUCACAAUAAUUUGAUCUUCGAUUGGUUUAUAAAGAAUUUGAUCUUCAAUUGGGAUCAAAGUCACUGUACUGAGAGUGGGUUCGAUACUCUCGACUGUCCUUCAAAGCCUUUAUUUUUGAAGGACCUUCGAAAGGUUUGGGAAAAAUAUGAAGCGUAUAAUGCUGCCAACACAUUAUUGUUGGAUGAUUCACCAUACAAGGCUUUAUUGAAUCCGCCCAACACAGCGGUAUUUCCAGAGACAUUCUGUGGUGAUUAUAACGAUAUCUCGCUUGGACCUGGAGGUGAUCUUCACAUGUAUCUGGAAAAGUUAGCUAUGGCAGAGAAUGUUCAAAAAUAUGUUGAGCAGAAUCCGUUUGGUCAACGUGCCAUCACCGAGUUGGACCCAAACUGGGAAUUCUAUAGCCGUAUUAUAAAGGCUUUUAGUUGAUAAUCACCCCCAGACAACCACAACAUAAUUUUUGUCCAAAUUACUGUUAUUGUUGUACCUUGCAAGGAUACUACCAGACAUGCUGGUGGGUUAACAUGCAUUUUUAUUUUUAUUGAAAUGCAGGUGAUAACAUGCUUCGCUUAGCUCUACUGUAAAUUUCACCGACCUUGGUAUGGAAGUGCCUAAAGUCCGGGAAUAGCUCACUCUUGUAACCAUCUCUCUUAAUUAGAAUUUACAUUAAGCGUGUCUAGGAAGAAAGAAAAUUGACUGAAGCAAAAGUUCGUUCCUUCACAAAGAGACACACAGUCAGAGUGACCUUGACAGCUUCGAUUGAGUGAGUCUGAAACUGUUGGAUUGAGAUCAGCAAUUUCUCCAUGCAAUUAAAUUCGUUCUUUCACAAAA